CACAAACACAGGAGAGUCAGCAACUCCAUUCUGCAGUGUGCAGAUUACUGCAAAUUCAAAUUCUGGGAGGAGCGGACUCUCACUGUGUCUGUGUGUUAUCAUCUCCAGGUGACUGAGCCCCACCUAUAGUCUGGCAGGGAGGGCAGAGUGAGAGGGGAGGGUUGUGGACAGUCAGAAUGAGCAAGGUUGCAGGAUUUUCUUCUCUUUCCCAAAGUAGAACUUCAGGAGCGCCACUGUCUCCAUCGCCUCCUCUUCCUCCUCAUCAUCGAUGCUUCACAGUAGCUGUUGGGAGAACGUGAGCAACUCUUUGGUAAAAGCGGUGCAACUCUGUUGCAACACAUUCAGCCAAACACCAAGUCCAGAACACUGAAGGAUUAAACGUGGACGAGCUGUAACUGGGUAUAAAAGGAAGGACAACGAUGAAUAUGAGCUUUUUAUCCGGGAAGCACAAAUCAGUUUUCCUGCUUUUCCUGCAUCUGAGCUGUCUGUGCUGGUCAACAAUAAAUUCCUCAACCAAACCAACUCCAUCUUCAAACCUGACUCUCCAAGAUGUGUUCCCAGGAUGCAAACCAGGCCUGGACCUGAGCUACACGUAUCUGUGUGAUCGUCAGGCAGUGUGGGGCAUUGUGCUGGAGAGUUUGGCCUCUUCAGGCUUCCUGGUCAGUGUAGGUGUCCUGGUAGGAUUGCUGGUCUGGUCCCUGUGGGCCUGCACCUCAUCCCGGCACCAUUACAGCAGCAUUGGAAGUACAGUGGCCUGCAUAUCCAUGUUCAUGUUGGCCACAGCUGGAAUCUUUGCAGUCACCUUUGCUUUUAUCAUUCGCCUUACCCCUCAGACUUGCCCGACACGACUUUUCCUUUUUGGAGUGUUGUUCUCCCUUGCCUUCUCCUGCCUGCUGGCUCACAGCCUCGCUCUGCAGGGCUUUGCAGCUGCUCGGAGCUGGGGGGAGCCUGCCUUGGUGCUGGGACUCUUUGCUGUGCAGGUUAUUAUCGCUGUAGAAUGGCUAAUCCUGGUGCUGGUGCGGGACAAGAAGCCGUGCCAGUACAGCCAGGAAGAGUUUGCCAUGCUGUUGAUUUAUGUGCUCUGCCUCCUGGCCAUCAGCUCCAUCCUCUCCCUGCGAUUCCUGUAUCAGUCCUGCAUCACAUACCACUUCAGCUACCCUAGGGCUUCCCAAAUGCUGGGCUGCACACAGGCCACAAUGCUCUGUCUCACACUGCUGCUGUCCGUCUGCAUCUGGGUGGUGUGGAUCUGUUUGCUCACCUGGGGAAACCCCAAGAUGGAUCGUCGGCCACAGUGGGACGACCCAGUACUCAGUGUUGCACUGGUGGCCAAUGGCUGGGUGCUACUGCUGGGUCAUGGGUUGCCCCAAGUCGCUUACCUCUGUAGAGGGGAGGCAAAAUCCAAGGGCAUCCCGCUGAGUUUCACUGGUUGGACCAGCCCCAAUGCAGAGAUUCCAGGACUGGGCACUCUGAAGGAGGGAAAAGAAAAUGGAAGCUUCGAGAAUGAUGGACGGAGACCUGCAUCAUCAGUGAGGUCACCUUAUGACUCAGGAUUGUCUCUGAAAGAAAUAGACUCCAACAAGGACUACUCUAUUCCUCGUCCCACGACCACCAACUUCCUGCAGCCUUAUGAUGAAUAUUACGGAUCAGAGUAAAAUCAUGCACACGAGCACUGAAGGCACCUUAGGCGACUGCCCUUCUCCCAUGCCAUGGGCCGCCCCUGCACACAAAGUGAUCCUGUUCAGUCAGAAAAUCCAUCGCUUCUUUAAAUGUGCCAUGUUAAUUUUCUUGUGCAUAUGUAAAUAUGUCAAAUCUGUUGGUUUAAAACCAAAGCGAGCCAAAAACGUGGCUCAAUUUGAUAUUCCUCUUCUAUGUCGGAUGGGUUCAGAUCCUUUUUCUUGCUACAACCCCUGGCAAAAAUUAUGGAAUCACCGGCCUCGGAUGAUGUUCAUUCAGUUGUUUAAUUUUGUAGAAAAAAAGCAGAUCACAGACAUGACA